UUUUAUUCUCUCUUUCUGACACCUCUCCUUGCCUUUUUCCUCUUUCCCUUUUCUUCCCUUGAAUUAUUUCUUCUUUUGCUUGCUCGGUUUUCCUUUCUUUCCUUUUUCCUUUCCUUUUCUUUUCCUUCUUUUUUCUUUUUGGCUGGCUUUUUUGAUCGUCACUCCUUUUCUGUAACUCCAUCUAUACCAUGUCCAUGUCACCAUCGUACGAUUGGGUAGAAAUCGUCGAUCUUCAUACCAACGUUGCAUUUUUUGCCAAUCCUAAUACUGGUGAAUGUUUGUUAGAGAAACCAGCCAUGGGCUUGGUACGUCCAAGAGAUCCGGAAGGUGAUUGGUGGGAACUUUGGGAUGACAAACAUCAACUUCCCUAUUAUUAUAAUACGGGGACCUGUGCUACGGAGUGGACACAACCGAGCGAAGAACACAUCAUUUCUCUCAUUAAGAUUCAGACGUCGCCUCAUUUUACUAACCGCAUCAACAACCUUGAUAACGGAACGAUCCUACCGACCCCAAUGGAAAUCAAACGUAACAGUCGUUCCCUUGACUUGACAGCCACCAAUGCCUCUUUCAAACGUACACAUACCCAUGAACGAUCCACAUCCGACGGCGCUAAAGAACUCGCCCACAAUUACGAUUUGUUACCUCCAAGUCCAGAGACCCUGACACCAUCCAAUACCUCGCCUGUCAGUUGCGUGUUUCUCCAUGUAGAUACCAAAUCAAGCCUGCCUGUGCGUAAAACUAGUCUACGAGAGCACCGUGACCCUAAACAGGAAUCCAUAGAACCACAUCGCUCUCGGCGUCUAUCUUACUUUUCGCCAUUGGCCAGUUUGGCCAGAUCCGCACCGCUGAAAAGUCUGGUUCCUAUUCGUACCCAUGCUUUUCAUCUCUCAGCGCAUCCUUUGGAGACGCUGAAGCCGACCAAAUCGCCUACUAGUAUGUAUGAGACCUCGAUUUUAAAUACGCCUAUACUUCCUGCUGGACUACGUCAGGAUAUUAAUCAGUUUGCCAUUGACGGUUUCGCCAAGAAGUAUUUUGCAACACAUAAACGCGGGCUUUUCAGACGUCGUGUGCCAAUGAAUGAAAUGCUUCAAUGGACCAAGGAUUCGCUGAAGCAACCGCUGAUCAUGCUUAACAAGGGACUUUGCAAGGAAGUCUUGAAAUGUUUCAAGCUCAUCCAGAUUAUUAUGGGCGAUCGGUCUCGCCCUCGGCAUUCAAGCGAAGUCGACGAGAUCCAGACCAUCCUCAAUUAUGGUAUCAGCAAGGGGCAAAUGAGAGACGAAAUUUAUGUGCAAGUCUGCAAACAGCUACAUCACAAUCCCUCUAGUAAAAGCAUUCGAAAAGGAUGGGAAAUUUUGUGCAUCAUUAGCAUCACUUUCCCGCCUUCGAAAAAUCUGGAGGCUUAUUUAACGGAUUUCGUACAACAGCAUCAUCAAAUCCAAGAGAACGAUGUGCACAUUAUGAGCCAAUACGUUUCCUCGCGCUUAAAACGGAUUUGCACUCGUGGAGCCAAAGGCAAAGUGCUAACGCCUGCGGAAAUUCAGCGAGCCAAGGAAGCACCCUUUAAGCCCUCUGUCUUUGGCGAAUCGCUCGAUUUCAUCAUGAAUCUGCAAACGGAUGACGAACUCAAAAUCCCGCGUAUUGUUCCCUUUUUGGCCGACACCGUACGACAACUUAAUGGCCCUUGUUCCGAAGGCAUCUUUCGUGUUCCUGGCGAUGCUGACGAUGUUACCGAAUUGCGAGUUCGUAUUGAAAACGGCAACUAUGAUGCUUCGGGAAUCACCGAUCCCAAUGUGCCUGCAUCCUUGCUAAAAUACUGGUUAAGAGAUCUGGCCGAGCCCCUCAUCACACCCAAAUUUUAUGAUCAAUGUAUUGCUGCCUUCAACGAGCCUCAAAAGGCUGUCGAGAUUAUCAAUUUGCUGCCAGAUAUCAACCGCCGAAUUGCCAUGUAUAUGAUUACGUUUUUGCAGGAAUUCACCGAUCCCGAGGUGAUCAAACGCACUUUGAUGAAUAUCAACAACUUGGCCAUGGUGUUUGCCCCCAACUUUUUACGAUGUCCAUCCGAGAGUUUGACCACCGUAUUUGAAAAUUCCAAAUACGAGCAAGCCUUUCUAAAACUACUCAUCACCAAUUUGUCGGCUGACCAGCAAGAGUGUGCUUAUGAUGCCAAAAGCAUCUAUGGAUCCUGUCAGUCGGCAGAAUAAACAUCCAUCUACUCCAACUCCUUUUCCACUUUAAUAUAUCCACCAUUUACACACAUCAGUUGCAUUACAUGUUUUCGUUCAGUAGUGAAUUUCCAUCGUUUCGGUUAAAUAGGCUUAUUACAUCUGCUGAUGCCGUAAGAGAACGUAAAAAGGUAAAGAAGGUUUCUGUGACGAUGCCAACAAAGGCAACAUGAAAUGAAACAGAAAGAAGAAUAAAAUGAUAUGAAUACAAAACUGG